UCUCUUCAGUCCGCUCGCUCAGGGAAGUUAGAAGAUGGAUAUUCGACCAAAUCACACACUUUACAUCAAUAAUGUUAAUGACAAAAUUAAAAAAGAAGAAUUGAAAAGAUCUUUAUAUGCACUAUUUUCUCAAUUUGGCCACGUAGUGGACAUUGUAGCUCUGAAAACAAUGAAAAUGAGAGGACAAGCCUUUGUUAUAUAUAAAGAGCUUGGCUCAUCCACCAAUGCCUUGCGACAGUUACAAGGCUUUCCAUUUUACAGCAAACCAAUGCGCAUUCAGUAUGCAAAAACAGACUCUGAUGUAAUUUCUAAAAUGCGUGGCACAUUCGCUGAUAAGGAGAAGAGAAGAGAGAAAAAGAAAACCAAGUCUUUGGAACAGUCGGCCAAUGCUGCAAAAAAGCCAAAUCAGGGAGCAAAUCAGAAUUCAGCGACCACCCAGGCAAACUCACAAAACCAACAGGUGCCUGAUAAUCCACCAAACUAUAUACUUUUCCUCAACAAUUUGCCAGAAGAGACAAAUGAAAUGAUGUUGUCAAUGCUGUUCAACCAGUUCCCUGGUUUCAAAGAAGUGCGUCUGGUCCCUGGCAGACAUGACAUUGCGUUUGUGGAGUUUGAAAAUGAAGGUCAGGCGGGAGCAGCCCGGGAUGCCCUCCAAGGAUUUAAAAUCACCCCAUCACAUGCCAUGAAAAUUACUUAUGCAAAGAAGUGAUGGAAAUGACCUGCGAUUGUCAAAGGACUUGCUCUCAUUUUUUUCUUUCAAUAUGUUAUUAAUUUUUUUUUGAUAGCUUGAAGUUUGGUUCCUUUUUUUUAAGGGAAAUACCUUUUGCAGAGUUGAUGGAAGUCAGUAGACAACUGUAAGGAUUCUGAAUACAUUCAAGGAAUGCUAACUACAGAUGAUGGACAUUUUGUUUAUGUAUAUAGGUCAGUGACCUUAUGUUCUUCACAAUAAAGUUGCCUAUUUGUAAAA